AUGACCAGCCCUACCUUGUGCACCCUAGACUGGAUACGCCCCCCCUCCUCUUGCCAUGCCGUAUUCAAAUCAAACUUCCAGGAAGUUGGGAAACGCCAACAGAGAUGCGGUCCCAAAACCCGGGCAGCUAGGAGCCCCAGAACCUGGUCGAACCCCCUUGCAAAUUGCAACACACUGUUGGUGCAAGCCCGUCCACGGUCCACGGUCCACGGUCCACGGUCCACGACCUCGAACGUCCGUCCAUCUUUGCUUUUUCUCAUGCCAGUUGACAUGAAAAUCCCCUCCACUUCUUCUCUCUCUGUGGUAUGA